UCUCAUUCUAAUAUGUUACUAUUAAGCCAUAAACAUACAAAGUCUACAGAACAGGGCCCAAAUUGUUCUAUUAUAGAAAAUGUUAAUGCAUCUAUUAAAAAUAAUGAGCCUAAGGAACUUAAAAUUCAAGAAAGGUUUGAAUUUUCGUAUGAAAAGAAAAAAAUUUCAAAAGAUUUCUUAAAUAUUCAAAUUACUGGUUCUAAAAAUUUCUCAAAAAUAUCAUUUGAUAAAAAUAUUUUAAAAAAUAUAUCAGCUAAUCCUACUCAAUAUCUCUUAGAUUUACAACGCCUAUCACAAAUAAUUCCUGUGCUGAGAUAUGAAAUUAUAGUUAAUAUUAACAAAAUCAUUUUUCAACCAAUUUUAAUAACAUCUCAAUGGAAACAUAUAUGACGAGGAGAAUCUAUUCUUAUUAUAAGAUACAAAAAAACC